AUGAAGCAAAUUAUCGAGGAUGUCAGUUCCUUGUAUAUGUCAUCAUCCAAUUAUCCAACCAUCGUCAAAACAGGAUCCGUGAAAAGAAAAUUCCAUUCGUCUGGUCAACUCGAACGAACGGUAACCAUUGAAGAAAAUCUCAACAAUGUAGGUCUUCACAGUGGCAACGGUUCUUUCUUUGAAGAUGCAGGUGGUACGAAUUAUAUCACAAGGGAUGGAUCGAAAGCUGGAUUCUAUGCAACUGCUCCUCCCAUUCUCUCUAACUCACCAAAUGCUGGCGGGUUCGAGAUCUAUGUUAAAAUGUUUUUGCAGAGUAAAUUUAGUGCCGACAAAAACCGAGUUUCAAAAAUGUUUGACAUGCUCGAAAGGAAAGAGCGAUUUGAUGGCAGAAAGAUUGUAAGCAGAGACAAACUUUUUGAGGAUGACAACAGAAUAGCUGGUAAUUCUAAAAGAUUUCCCAUUAAAGCUAAUUAUGAUCAGAGAAUGUUCGUGAACAAGGAGCAUUGUUGCGUAGAUAGUGAAGGGGACCGCCUUCACGACAGCCACCUCGUCAGCAAUGCUUUCACUACCAGUGCCGACGAGAAUAAACACAAGAGCGUCAUUCCGUGGGACGAAGUGGCGAUUCCCGGUGUCAAAUAUUCCGACAAGUAUGAGGAUGAUAGAAGCCAAAGUGACGAUGUGCCAGCGAAGCAGAUGAACGAGAGAUUUCACUCUCCACCACUUGGAUGCGCCUUUCCAGGAAGGAAUGAAUAUCCAUUGGAUGAACAUUUAAAAGAUGAUUGGAGAUAUAACGUAAACAACAAUAGUGUGGUGGCAUCUACGAAGAAUAACUUUGCAAAGAGGGCACAAGUUCACGAUCCGCCAAUAAAAUCUAAUUUCAACUUGCCAAAUCCCGUCACCAAUGCUAGAAGAAUAUCCGUGGUUCAGAUUGAAAUGCCAGAUUCUUUGUCGUUUUUAAAUAAAAAUGCAUUUGAGAUUUAUUUAGUGGCCGAUAAAAAUGCAGAUUACGCACAGAAGGAAAUGUCAAGCAACGCUAACAGCAACAACAGAUCAUCGAUGAAGCUUUCUAAGAAUAGGACGUCGAUGAGGAAGAAAAAAGAUCAUCUCACAGCCGAAGUUGGAUUGAAGCAAGAAGAGAAGCCCAUACUGAAGCCCACCCUAUCUACCAUUCAAGAAAUCAUCACAAUACUCAAUUCAGAUGACUGGAAAGCAGAGGUAUCAUCGUUAGAAACCAUAGGUUCCAUGUCUUGCACCAAUGCUGAACUAAUUGCUUCGAAUCUGCAUUCUCUCAUUCAUCCCAUUCUUAAAGAGGUAACAAAUUUACGUUCAAACGUCUCGAUGGCAGCCAUGAAAUGUUUGUCAGAAAUGUUUAAAAGUUUACAAACUGCCAUGGAGCCGGUACUCGAUCGAACAAUCAUAGAGCUGUUGAACAGAUCAGGUCACACGAACAACUUCAUGAAAGAAGAGGCGCUCCGAUGUCUGAAUGUCAUCAUUGAAAAUGUCAGUCCGAUUAAGUCCGUUUCAGCCAUCAUCAGUUACGGAAACAACCAUCGAAACGUGACGAUACGAAACGCUUCCUCUCAGCUGAUCGUCAACAUCUGCUUCAUGCUUGGACCCCACAGUAUCUUGGUGGACGGGCCAAAAGAUGUAACGAACAAGAUCCUCUCCACUGCAACUCACUAUCUCACUGAUGGUUCUCCUGAAAGCAAACUUCAUAACAGAACGAACGGCCGAAAGUUAUUUUCAAAUUUGCGAGGUCACGUUGAGUUCGAUCGAAGUAUGAGACUUCAUUUACCUCACGAUGUCAUAACCAAGGUUGUUGAGCCAGCGUUGAAGGGACUCGAAAGUCGGAACGACGUGGAGCACAACACUACGAUGUCAGCGCAGACGAGAGUGAACAAAAACUCCAUGAAACAUUCCAGGUAUCACUCAGCUGGAAACCUAUGCAAUAUAGUGAGCAACGCAGAGAAUACUGCUCAGCCACCGGCACCUCCGUCACAAACGACGACGUCGACGAUACCGAGUUCGAAAGGUAAGAAGCAAGUGAAGCUGGAUGACUCCACAUUAGAUGCUGUCAACAAGAUUAUUGACGCUUUAGAUUCCAAUGAUUUUCGAGAAAGAUUGAAUGGUUUGAAUGAUUUGAGAGCGUUAGUAAUUCAGGAAGGCAAGGUCAAUGCUGUUGUUUCCCACGUCAACAGGAUAUAUGAUAAGCUGGCUCCAUGCCUGAAAGAUUCCAACUUCAAAGUUACCAUACAAGCACUACAAGUUUUUAAGGACCUUCUACCUUACGUCUCUGCACAUCUGACCAACCUCAUCAGCAUGACGAUUGCGAACGUCUCAAGCAACAUGGCUUCCAACAACAGAGAUGUCAGAGAUAGUGCCAAUCUCGUACUGGACGGAUGUAUUCAAUUCAUGGAUCCAGCUAUCUUAAUGCCAUCCUUUGUUACCGCUACUAUUAAUGCCAACAAUCGAUACAAAGUCUACAUGGUUGAAAAGGUUUCAGAAUUAGUUCGACAACUGCAUCCACAGAGGAACAAAACAAUAUCGCUUCAAGUCCUGCCUCUACUCUGGCAGUUGCUAUCGAUGAUGACAACAGGCGGCUCCAACAAGGGCACUCCAAAUCUUCUGAGGCAGAGUACAACUCGCUUGGUGAAGGAUUUAAAAGAAGUCCUAGGAACGGGAUUAAUGGAAUACGCGCAGAUGAAUUCGAAAGUGAACCUGCCGAUGAGGCACAUGUUGCAGGAGUUGAUGCAGUUUCAAGGAGAGUAUGACGACGACGGUGGUGGCGGUAGAAGUGAAGAACAUAGUUUUGGGUAUUAG